AUCUUGUUUUAGUUGCUGCUUGUAUCUCCAGCUGUUUUUGUGUCUGAAUAAUAAAAAGUGAAUUUCCAUCCCUGUUGGUCUUACUCUCUGUGUAACAGGAUCCAUCAAAGACCAGACUCUGCUGAACCUGAACCCAGCUGUGUGUCCUUCAAGAGCGAUCAGUCAAAUGAUCACUUUAUUGACUUUAAAGGUCAACAACCCACUGCUGAAAAUAGAGUGGACCAGGAGAGCUCAGAGGUUCCCAGUGGUCAGUCUGCCCAGCAGUAUCAAACACACCUGGACUCCAUAUUUAUGCUGCUGGAGGACGACAUCGUCACUUUUGUGAAGAACGAGCUGAAGAAGAUCCAGAAGCUUCUGAGUCCAGAUUACCCAGAAUGCUCAGAGAGUCAGAAGAAGGAUGAGGAUGAAGAGCAGAAGAGGAGCAGCAGAGAGGCAUUUCUGAAGAUCACACUGCACUUCUUGAGGAGAAUGAAGCAGGACGAGCUGGCUGACCGUCUGCAGAGCAGAAAUCGUUCUAGAGUUUGUAAGCGUAAACUCAAAUCUAACCAGCAGAAGAAGUUCCAAUGUGUGUUUGAGGGGAUUGCUAAAGCAGGAAACCAAACCCUUCUGAAUCAAAUGUUCACAGAGAUCUACAUCAUUGAGGGAGGGACUGCCGAGGUCAAUAAAGAACAUGAGGUCAGACAGAUUGAAACAGCAUCCAGGAAACCAGACAGACCAGAAAAAACAAUCAGACAAGAGGACAUUUUUAAAGCCCCACCUGGAAGAGAUAAACCAAUCAGAACAGUUAUGACAAAGGGAGUGGCUGGCAUUGGGAAAACAGUCCUAACACAGAAGUUCACUCUGGACUGGGCUGAAGACAAAGCCAACCAGGACAUCCAGUUCACAUUUCCAUUCACUUUCAGAGAGCUGAAUGUGCUGAAAGAGAAAAGGUACAGCUUGGUGGAACUUGUUGAUUAUUUCUUUAGUGAAACCAAAGAAGCAGGAAUCUGCAGGUUUGAAGAGUUCCCGGUGUUCAUCUUUGACGGUCUGGAUGAGUGUCGACUUCCUCUGGACUUCCUCAACACUGAGAUCCUGACUGAUGUUACAGAGUCCACCUCAGUGGGUGUGCUGCUGAUAAACCUCAUCAGAGGGAAUCUGCUUCCCUCUGCUCGCCUCUAGAUAACCACACGACCUGCAGCAGCCAAUCAGAUCCCUCCUGCGUGUGUUGACACAGUGACAGAGAUCAGAGGAUUCACUGACCCACAGAAGGAGGAGUACUUCAGUAAGAGAUACAGAGAUGAGGAGCAGGCCAACAAAAUCAUCUCCCACAUCAAAACAUCACGAAGCCUCCACAUCAUGUGUCACAUCCCAAUCUUCUGCUGGAUCACUGCUACAGUUCUGGAGGACAUGGUGAAGACAGGAGAGGGAGGAGAGCUGCCCAAGACCCUGACUGAGAUGUACAUCCACUUCCUGGUGGUUCAGUCCAAAGUGAAGAACAUCAAGUAUGAUGGAGGAGCUGAGACAGAUUCACACUGUAGUCCAGAGACCAGGAAGAUGAUUAAGUCUCUGGGGAAACUGGCUUUUGAGCAGCUGCAGAAAGGCAACCUGAUCUUCUAUGAAUCAGACCUGACAGAGUGUGGCAUCGAUAUCACAGCAGCCUCAGUGUACUCAGGAUUGUUCACACAGAUCUUUAAAGAAGAGAGAGGACUGUACCAGGACAAGGUGUUCAGCUUCAUCCAUCUGAGAGUUCAGGAGUUUCUGGCUGCUCUUCAUGUCCAUCUGACAUUCACCAACUCUGGAGUCAACCUGCUGUUGGAAAAACAAACAACAUCAACACAGUUCUACCAGCGACAUACAAUCCAUAAACCUGCAAAGAGACUUUUCUACCAGAGACGAACAAUGCACCCUGUAUCUGCAAAGACACACUUCUACCAGAGUGCUGUGGGCAAGGCCUUACAGAGUCUGAGUGGACACUUGGACUUGUUCCUCCGCUUCCUCCUGGGUCUUUCUCUGCAGACCAAUCAGAAUCUCCUACGAGGUCUGCUGACUGAGACAGGAAGUAGCUCUCUGACUAAUCAAAAAACAGUUGAGUACAUCAAGGAGAAGAUCAGUAACAAUCUGUCUGCAGAGAGAAGCAUCAAUCUGUUCCACUGUCUGAAUGAACUGAAUGACCGUUCUCUAGUAGAGGAGAUCCAACAGUCCCUGAGUUCAGGAAGUCUCUCCACAGAUAAACUGUCUCCUGCUCAGUGGUCAGCUCUGGUCUUCAUCUUACUGUCAUCAGAAGAAGACCUGGACGCGUUUGACCUGAAGAAAUACUCUGCUUCAGAGGAGGCUCUUCUGAGGCUGUUGCCAGUGGUCAAAGCCUCCAACAAAGCUCUGUGUGAUUUAUUCAUCAUUAAAUACUCUUAUAUUUUUCAACUGAAGUUAAUAAUCAAUAACGUGUUUGCUUCCUGUGAUCUCUCCAGACUGAGUGGCUGUAACCUGUCAGAGAAAAGCUGUGAAGCUCUGUCCUCAGUUCUCAGCUCCCAGUCCUCUAGUCUGAGAGAGCUGGACCUGACUAACAACAACCUGCAGGAUUCAGGAGGGAAGCUGAUCUCUGAUGGACUGAAGAGUCCACACUGCACACUGGAGACUCUCAGUCUGUCAGGCUGUCUGAUCUCAGAGGAAGGCUGUUCUUCUCUGGUCUCAUCUCUGAGCUCCAACCCCUCCCAUCUUAGAGAGCUGGACCUGAGCUACAAUCAUCCAGGAGACUCAGGAGUGAAGCUACUGUCAGCGGGACUGAAGGAUCCUUUCUGGAAACUGGACACUCUCAGGGUGGAGCCUGCUGGAGUCAGAUAUUUGACACCAGGUCAAUGGAGAUAUUCCUGUGAACUCACAGUGGACACAAACACAGUGAACAGAAACCUCAAACUGUCUGACAACAACAGGAAGGUGACAUAUGUGAAGGAGGAUCAGCCAUAUCCUGAUCAUCCAGAGAGGUUUGACUCCCGUCCUCAGCUGCUGUGUAGAGAUGGUCUGACUGGUCGCUGUUACUGGGAGGUUGAGAGGAGAGGACUGGUUUAUAUAUCAGUGAGUUACAGAGGAAUCGGCAGGAGAGGAAACGGUAGAGACUGUUGGUUUGGAUAUAAUGAUCAGUCCUGGAGUCUGUUCUGCUCUGAUGAUCGUUACUCUGUCUGGCACAAUCACAGCAGAACACCCAUCUCCUCCUCCUCUGACUCUGGUAGAGUAGCAGUGUAUGUGGACUGUCCUGCUGGCUCUCUGUCCUUCUACGAAGUCUCCUCUGACUCACUGAUCCACAUCCACACCUUCAACACCACAUUCACUCAGCCUCUCUAUCCUGGGUUUGGGUUCUGUUCUGGUUCCUCAGUGUCUCUGUGUCCUCUGUAGGACGGAGAGUCUCCCCUUCUGUUUCUCACUGCUGAUCAGUUGAGUCUAUACAGGAUCACACUUUUUAUUAUAUUUCAGGUUAUUUUUAUAAACUAAUGAAUGAACUUCGUAUGAAAUAAUUCAGAAUGAUUGAACAGAUUCCUCGUGAACAUUGUAAACUUCUUCCACUUCCUGUCCUUUAAAGAUGGAAGCUGUCGGAUUUUUUGUUUGGUCUGUUCACAUGACCCCCCCCGUCCGUCCGUCCGUCUGUGUCCCGCUGCAAUGGCCAUGUAACCAGCUGGUGUCGAGCGCUAACUAUAUAUACAGUAUACACACACACACACACACACACACACACACACACACACACAGAGACACACGCAC